AUGGUGCCGGAGUGUGCAACAAUGACGCAACCGUCACACAUACAGGAAUUCUUCUACGUCUCUCUGCAACACACGUCAAGGGAACUAGGCGAGGGAACGCACUGGGCCGUGGCGAGAGUUCGGCAGGCAGCGAUGGGGUUUUUUCUUCUUGAUCGGUUUCAAAUCAAAAGGUUUGCUGUGUGGAUUGCAACCUACCACUACGUUCCUCUACUGGCGUCCAUCUUGGCCAUCUUAGUGAACUGUAUUUUACACCUCUUCUUUCAGUUCGUCUUUCCUGUGCUGCGCGAGAAGUAUCACUGGGGCAUGUACACAUGGCGGGAUGUGAAGGAGAUUCCCCUUCGUCAUGACGUGGUUUGGGCGUUGAGUUUGGUGUUAUCCCACAUCUGCAUCCUUCUAGGAAUAGCUGCUAUUGGCUACAAGCUGGCGGCUGUCGUCACGGAUGCCAUGAUUGACUCCUGUCUGGUGACUUAUAAUGAGGCUGCCCAGUGCACAGUUGGUUUUCAUCGCCUGCUUCAGGGAUACCAGUCGUUGAUUGCGCUGCCCUAUGCGAGGUUGUUUGCGUUAGUUUUGGUGUGUUGUGCCUUUUGCUUUAUCAUAGGCAUUUUUAACAGCGAUUCACUUAUCCAUUGGGAACGUCAGGGCAAUGACAUUUUCUUCCUAUUUCUUGCUACAAUGUCGCUGUUAGCGGGAGCGUUCAUCUGGAGCUACUAUCGUAGCGUGGAUGAUCCCUUGGGGCCUGCCAUGACGCGGUGGUGGCGCAAGGCGGUGCCGCGCGUACGGCGCUCCUACUUGUAUGUGCUUGCACUCUACUGCGCGUACCUUUCCUGGGUAAAGGGCUACAACCGUGGGUUUGCGCGCUUCUGCGAGGGAAUGCUGUACGUCAGCACGCUUCACGUUGUCCUGCUGCUGUCAAGCAGGCUGACGAUGUUUUUUUACCAUCUCGCAAUCUUCACCGCGGCAGCGGCGCGGGUUCCGAGACGACGGAACGGACUUGUUUGUUACGCCUUAUUGCUGAGUCCCUUGGUCGCCUCCUCCGUGGUCUUCCUUUCUCCGGCACUUCUGCUUGUGCGGGUGCUCUGCGUUUGCGGGAUUCUCAGCCUUGUUGUUCGGCGCUGGCGCCGGCUGGACGACGACGGGCGGCCGCAGGAGGGCGCCCCCGGGCAGUGCGGCGCGGCAGCGCAACCCCGCGCUUCCACGACGCCGAAGCACGAGGCCGGGGGCGGCGCGACGGCGCGGCGCGCCGCCCGCCACCGCCCGGGAGUGUUGCUGCGCGCCUUCCAUCGGCUCUCCUUGACGUCGGCGGUUGCGCUCGUCCUCGGCCUCGCCGUGUGGGUAAGUGUCAAGCACCCCGGCUUUGAGGGCACCACGCCCACCCGGUGCGACGGCGACGGCACGGGCGAGCGCAUCCGAGUGACGGCGCGCUACAUGGUGGCCGACAUCCGCAGCCAGGCCCCCCGCGCGCGGCCCGGGAAGUCGGUGGCCGAAGAAGCAGAGGCGAAGCACGAUGUCGCCCGGUACUCCGCCCUCUGCUCGCACCUGUGGGCUGACAGCCUGCACGCCGCCGACCUCGCAUACUUCUCACUCAUGUCCUAUUUGCAGCGGGACUCGACGGAUUUUCGCGCAAUGCUCGAUUUUUACCGGCGCUUCCGCGAUGGUGGGUCGGACUGGGUGGCGGUUCCCACAAACCACACAUACGGCCGUGCCGUCUUCCGUCACAUUUACUCGCCGUCGAAAGACACCUCCGUGAUUGCUGUGCGAGGCACCGACAUCACCUCGCCGUUUGACUUUCUGCAGAACCUGCUGCUCUUUAGUGAGAUUGGGGUUUUCAAGCUGUUUGCGAGCUUUCUCCCACUGAGCGGUCUCAUUCCUGAGAGCGUCAUUUCCGACUACGUGGCGGCGUCGAGCGCGAUAAGCUCGAUACUUUUGGGCGGGACAACGAGUGACUACUACCACCUCCACGUUGAGGAGUACUUGCGCACCGUUACCUCGCGGCACAUCAUUUUGACGGGCCACUCCCUUGGCGGUGUCGUGGCGCAAAUUGUGGCGGCUCGCAGGCGACUUCCUGGUGUCGCAUUUAGCAGCCCCGGGGUCAACCUGAUGCGGAAGAAGUUGCAGAUUGACUCCGACGCCAUCGACGGCUUCACGACAAACGUCAUUGUGUCGAAUGACUUCACCGUGGAUAUUGAUGCCCCCGGUGGGACGGUGCACCACAUCCAGUGUGAGCACCAAACGGCGGAAGUGUGCCACUCCAUCGAACUUCAUGCAAUCCGCAUGUGGGCCGUCUGCCCAUCGUAUCGUUCACGGACGGCUCUUAACGUCACGUACACGUUGACUGGGUAG